AUGCACGAGCAGAUAUUCAAAACAGACCGCUAUCACAUAGUGGCAUAUAUGUCCAGUCGCUCGGGACUGCCUUCUAGUAACGGCUGCAUUUAUUUUUCGUCUCCUGUGCGUAUUAGCUUUCCAAAAGGCUUUGUUCACAAGGAUGACAGCAUGCUCUUCUGCAGAGUCAAUGCACAGGGAUGCAAUACAUAUCUCAAGGCUGUAUCAAUCAAAUACAUCACGACCUCGUCUUCAGGAUUCCGCAUUCUUCGAAAGCUCUUUCCAAGCGUUUUCGAUAUAAGCUUCAUCCGCAGAAUCAAUGUGCAGCACCACAUCUACCAGCACAGGCAGGCAAUCAUCGAGUCUUCAGUCAAAAUACUUGGCUGCGAGCUUGUCAAAGAAAUCGAUUUGUGGAACAAAAUCAACUGGGCAUAUGGCUGCAUAGAUCAGCAAGACAUAGCUAAUGGAAUUGGAGACUCCACAGACGAUCACAGUUGGUAUCUGAGUGACUGA